AUGCUUGCCUUCAAAAUCGUCGCCUUAGCCGCCCUGGCUUACACCGCUCGUGCUGGAGCAGUCGCCACCGCUCCUGCUCUCGCGUACGGCCACGCUCAUGCUUACGCUGCGCCUGCCUUGUCCUAUGGCCACCAUGCUUAUGCCGCUCCUGCGGUAUCAUACCAGGUUGCCGCCCCCGCGUAUUCGUACGCUGCUCCCAUCGCUAAGGUUGCCGCUCCCGCGUUCUCAUACGCGGCUCCGAUCGCUAAGUUCGCCGCCCCCGCGUACUCGUAUGCUGCCCCCAUCGCUAAAGUCGCCGCUCCCGCGUUCUCGUACGCUGCUCCGAUCGCUAAGGUUGCCGCUCCCGCCUUCUCGUAUGCCGCUCCCGUCGCCAAGUUUGCCGCUCCUGCGUACUCGUAUGCUGCCCCGAUCGCUAAGGUUGCCGCUCCCGCGUUCUCUUACUCAUCGGUUCAUCACGCUCCCGUCGUCCACACCGCGCCCUACGCUCAUCACGCUCCCGCCUACUCUUAUGCUGCCCACAAGGUCGCUGCUCCCGCUAUCGCAUACGGAGCCCCAGCUUGGCUCAGUGAUUCGGAAUUCGGAACCAUCGCGUCGCCCGUCCAACUCGUGAUCAUCGUUCCUCGGCAACGCGUCGAUAAUAGAGAAGAUGUCACUCGUAGAGACUCAUCAAGUUCAGAUCGCAAAAACAAGAAAAUGUUCGCCAAGCUCGCCCUCAUCGCCUCCGUAGCGUACACCGCCCAGGCUGGAGCUUUUGCUGCUUCGUAUGCCGCCCCUGCUCUCGCUUAUAGAGCUCACUCGUACGCCGCCCCGGCCCUCGCCUAUGGAGCACACUCGUACGCCGCUCCCGCUCUCGCUUACGGAGCACCCAUUGCCAAGAUCGCUGCUCCCAUCGCGACCUCCGUGCGUUACGAAUCCCGAGCCUACGCCGCUCCGGUCCUCGCCAAAACGGCCCUGGCCGCUCCAGCUCUGUCCUACGGACAUGCUCUGGCUGCCCCCGCUCUGUCCUACGGACAUGCUCUCGCCGCUCCGGCUCUGUCCUAUGGACAUGCACUCGCCGCCCCCGCUGUGUCCUACGGACAUGCUCUCGCCGCUCCCGCUCUGUCUUACGGACAUGCUUUCGCCGCUCCUGCUCUUGCCUACUGAGAAGGUUGCUCACCAAGCGGAUUCUGUACAACUGUGAUCCCGUGGAGAGAUGUGCAAAUAAACCUUGUGUAUUAUUUCUAA